ACACCGACUGGCGUGGCGGAGAGGUUAGCUAGGGGGGAGGGGUCGGCCACCAGUUCCUGUAUAUAAGCGACGUUGCAACUUCCACUCUCCACAUCCCACAGCUAACCUUUAACCAGCAAUGACUAGCAUCAAAGCCGUGAUUGUGUGUUGCCUCCUGGUGGCCGUCUCGGCCGGUGUAGACCGAAGGAGAGGUGGACAAGGAUCCAACAGAUUCCUUCCUGGAGGCUUCGGUGGCGUCCAUGGAGGUGGUCUCUUCGGCGGCGGUUUUAAUGGUGGUGGAAUCCAUGGUGGUGGUAGUGGUAUCAUCGGCAGUGGAAUCUCCAAUGGCCCAAGCCAGUGUAGAUAUUGGUGCAAGACUCCGGAGGGUCAGGCCUACUGCUGCGAGACGGCACAUGAACCAGAGACACCUGUUGGUACCAAGCCACUCACUUGCCCUCAAGUCCGUCCAACAUGCCCACGUUUCCAUGGUCCUCCCACUACCUGUUCCAACGACUACAAGUGUGCCGGCCUCGAUAAGUGUUGCUUCGACAGGUGUUUGGGAGAACACGUAUGCAAACCACCUUCAUUUUUUAACAAUCACCUCCCCUUUUAAAGGUAGUUAUCGCUAGUAAGGACUCCGGUUUUCCGGUUGAUAACAGAAGAUAGAAAAUCUGUGAUUUCUAGAUAUUUAUUCUUUGAUAAUAAAUCUUUAUAUACUGAUA